GGUCGCAUCGAGCCGCUGUUCGUUGUUCGUCUGCCUGUCGGAUUACUUUAUCUUUUGGAUCAGGCGCUCCGUGAGCUUCGUUUACGUCGGAAGCCGGUAAGGAAUUCGAACCGCCCAGUGAAUGUCGUCGACGACGAAUAGCCGCAUGACCGGCUGAAGUUCCCCGGUUGAUAACAAAAAGUGCUAUAUAACGACAUAAAAGUGUCAUGAAAGAGGAUUCAUUUUUCUGGUGUUAUUUUUACUUCUACGCCCGAAGAUAGCUGUUAUUGUUAUUCCUGGGAGCGAGGAGAAAAUUGAAACUCCACCGGAAAUCGACGUGAUCAUUUGUUUGCUGAGUAGGCUCUGCAAAAAUUAUAAAGUGCCAUGUUGUGCGAAAUUCAAAAUAAAUAAAAUAUAAAUCCCCUUCGGAAUACGGGCCAUCAAUCAUUGGACGGGAAUCGAGCCCGUAGUGAGUGAAUGUCGCGAAGCAAUCUAAUUGUGAAAUCAUCCGUGUAAGAAGUGUAGAAUCGGAAUCAGAGAACGUGCUUUUUAUCAAAUCAACAAAGAAGCUGACGCGGCUGCUGCUUGCGUGAGUGACGGUUCUGUGGCUUGUGGGAAAGGAUCCCCACUGAUAGCCGUACCGCCCCGAGCUGCGCGGUUUCAGUCAGUCCGUCAGUCAGUCAGUCAGUCAGCCAGUCAGCCGGCCGGCAAAGGCGCCACCCUGCUGGGAAAGGAAGCACCCACAUAAAUGCAGCAGCAAUGACGAACGAAAUUAUAACAACCAGGUGUUUACCCGGAAUCGUACUUCUGCUGCUGUGGCUGGGCUGUUCACAGCCGGUGACCUCGUCGGAGCUGGGACUGUUUGGCGGUCAGGGGAUCAGAGAUGUCUUCGCGGAAUUCGACCUGCUGCUGGCGAUCAAAAUCCCUCCGGAGGACGGCAUCACUUUCGUGGACGGAUCGGAUGGCUUUCCGGCGUUCGGCGUGGCAUCGAAUGCGGACAUCAAAUCCCCGUACCGUACCAUCCUGCCAGAGAAACUGACCGAGUUCACGAUAAUCGCGACCGUUCGGCCUGGCUCCCGCUCCGGCGGUUACCUCUUCAGUGUGGUCAACCCGUUGGACACCGUCGUCCAGCUGGGUUUGCUGCUGGAACCGAUCCCAGCGACGGACCAGUGGAAUAUCACGAUUAUCUACACGGACGCCACCAGUCAGCGAACCAGCCAACCGCUGGCUUCGUUUCAGAUUCCCUACACUAAAUCAUGGAUUAAGUUAAUUUUUAAAGUGCUCAACAAUCAGAUUGUGUUCUACAACAAUUGCGUCGAAACAGAAACUGUUCCGAUUAAAAAGGAACCGCGGAUGAUGAUCUUCGAUGCCGCCUCUACAUUGUACAUAGCCCAGGCCGGGCCCAUACUGAGAAGGAACUUCGAGGGAACGCUUCUGUUCCUGAAGCUGUACGGAAACCCAGAGAUAGUCAAGACGCACUGUAACCGAACGGCGACCGAACAAGAUGAUUCAAGUAGUUUAAUUUACGAAGAGGAUGAACUGCUGGGAGAUAGCGAUCGGAGUGAUAUUUUCGCCGAUAAUUUGCUGACGUCAAGUGGAGAUGAUGACGAUUCCCUAUUCGAGCCACCGAUGAUUUCUCCGCCCCCGCCGGAGUACGGCUACCGGAAAGGUGAGAAAGGCGAACGGGGACUCAAGGGACCGCCUGGCGACAGCAUACGAGGCCCUCCCGGGCCACCCGGUCCGCCUGGCCCUCUCGGACCACCUGGUCCACCCGGCGCGGCCGGACCCCGAGGACCGGGCUAUUUCGACGAGGGAUCUGGCGAUGAAACGCUGUACGACGCGCUGCCCAAUCGGAAGCACUCGGGCCAGCAGUGCUUCUGCAACGUCACUCUAAUCAUGGAAGAGUUGAAAAUGGACAGCACCCUGCGUGAGUUCCUUCGUGGUCCAGCCGGACCGCAGGGCCGCGAGGGAAAAACCGGAUCUCCUGGCCUAACUGGAGCCACGGGACCGGCUGGCGAACGUGGUACACCAGGACCUAAGGGUGAUAAAGGAGACCGUGGAGAGCUUGGUACGCCCGGCGCCGAGGGCAUCCAAGGUAGCAAAGGAGAGCCUGGUCUAGAUGGACUGCCAGGUCCUCCCGGUCUGCCUGGACCCCCGGGUCCGCCGGGAAUUCCGGAAAAUUACGAUGGCCAUACAUCGACAGGAGCACCAGGUUUAAAAGGUGAAAUUGGGCGGCCGGGAAUUCCAGGUAUUCCAGGGCAAACUGGAGCAAUUGGUCCUAAGGGAGAGAAAGGUACAAACGGAGACGUCGGCCCUCCCGGGCCAGCUGGACCACCAGGGACGGUGGUUUAUACCGAUGCAAAGAAUUCAACCUCAGACUGUCAGUGUCAAGCGGGACCACCAGGCCCUCCUGGGCCACGAGGGCCAGCCGGCUUCGAUGGCACCCCUGGAUUGCCCGGGGAAACUGGCCUUCCAGGUCAUCCAGGACUUCCGGGCGAUAAGGGAGACAAAGGCAAUCCUGGAAUGAAAGGUGAAAAGGGACCCGAAUUCAUUAUAAACGAAAAUGCAGCUUUCAACUCGUCCAGGUCCAGCAAAGGCGAAAAAGGCGAACGGGGACCGAGAGGACGCAGAGGCAAACAGGGCCCCAUCGGACCUCCGGGUAAACCGGCCGGUCCGAGCGAUAUGGGUAUUAACUCGUGGCCGGGACGACCUGGAGCCAAAGGAGAUAUGGGACCGAAAGGAGAUCGUGGCGAUAGCAUAAUAGGGUCCAAGGGCGAAAAAGGAGACCGAGGAAUGGACGGACGCGAUGGACUGCCAGGACCUCCUGGACUGCCGGCCGCAUCCGGUGAAGGAGUCCAGUACAUACCGAUGCCAGGGCCACCGGGACCCCCAGGACCGCCCGGUCCUCCCGGUCUUUCCAUCGUCGGUCAGAAGGGUGAACCGGGAAUGGACUCGCGCAGUCCGUUUUUCGGUGACCCGAACUUUGUUGGACGAACAGGAGGUCGCUCAAGCUUAGACGAACUAAAAGCACUUAGAGAACUAAAGCACCACAAGGAUAUACAAGAUAGUACCCCUGGACCGCCAGGACCACCAGGGCCACCGGGUAGUCCGGGUCGCACGAUUUACGAUCACAGCGACGAAAUACCAAAUAGCAACGGGGCCAACGUACGGAUUGUGCCGGGAGCAGUCACUUUCCAAAACACCGAUGCCAUGUCCAAGAUGUCCGGUACGAGUCCCGUCGGAACGCUAGCCUACAUAAUUGACGAGGAAGCACUGCUGGUGCGGGUGAAUAAAGGAUGGCAGUACAUUGCACUUGGCACACUGGUUCCGAUCGCUACGCCAGCACCUCCAACAACCACGGUAAUACCACCCCCGCGGCCGGACCUGCAAGCCUCCAAUCUAAUUAACAACAUUCCGCAGCCCGUCGAGGGACCGACGUUUACGGCGUCCCCGGAAUAUGAGUCGCUGCGGAUGGCGGCACUUAACGAACCGUACACGGGCGAUUUGCAAGGCAUCCGAGGAGCCGAUUUCGCUUGCUACCGGCAAGCGAGGCGUGCCGGUCUCCUAGGGACAUUCCGAGCGUUCCUGUCAGCAAGAAUCCAAAAUCUAGACGCCAUCGUGCGGAUAGCAGAUCGUGAUCUUCCAGUGGUGAAUACCCGAGGGGAUGUGCUGUUCAACUCGUGGAACGGCAUGUUCAACGGGCAGGGAGGUUUCUUCUCCCAAGCUCCUCGGAUAUACAGUUUCAGCGGGAAGAAUGUCCUCACCGACAUUGCUUGGCCCCAGAAACUAGUGUGGCACGGUUCCAGUACGCUCGGUGAGCGCGCGAUGGACACGUACUGCGACGCCUGGCACUCCGGGUCGCCGGACAAGGUCGGGCUGGCGAGCAGUCUGCUCGGCAAUAAAUUACUCGAUCAGGAGCGGUAUUCCUGUGAUAAUCGGUUCGUGGUGCUGUGCGUCGAGGCACUGUCCCAGGACCGACGGCGGAAGCGCGACGUCAGUAGUGGUUACGAGUUCACUAACGAACACGAGUACAGUCGCCAUCUAAGCGAAAUUUUACAAGUGUAAAAAGGCAAAGGAAAUGAAAUCUCUCUUGUAAAUCUCAGCAGUUACCUUCCAUUGUCACCGAGAGCAUCAUCAUGGAGAAGAAAUAAGAAGUAUACACAUCAUACACCGACACAAAAAAAAAGAUAACAAGAGUCACGAAAAGCAAAACAUGGCUGCCAAAGUAGACAAACCCUAGUAACAAGUAAAUGAAUAGAUGACAAGAAAAACGUCUUUUAUUAUUAUAUUUUCCGCCAACCUAGAGUUUAUCGCUCCUGAAAAGAAAAACCGAAAAAUGUUCUACGCUAUCUGUAAUGAAAAAUUUAGAACGACGUCUUUUUCAAAUAUUUGAAACUAUUCUAACCUAAAUGCAUUUCCCCCUAACUCAAGUCCAACAACAUUCAGACCGAAAAGGCCUACUUUGAUGAAACGAUCACGCGAGCAUAUUGCUUUAGUGGCAUGUCUACUAACUAGAUAAGUCAGUCAACUAUUGUAAGUAAAACUAAGAUGCGUGACCUUUAUUUACGGAAUGCCAACAAAGUAAUGUUGAACGCGAACAAGUUAAAUUGUAAACAUUAAGAACAAUAAAACAGUGGAAAUAGUCAAAUUAUUCGUAACUGAAGUAUGAGCAGUAUGAGGAACAUUGUGGGUUCAAAGUUUGUGAACAAUCGAGAAAUCGCAAAACUAGGUACUUUCCUUUCAAACUGUAGGCAAAAUAUGAUCCAUAGUGUUUUACUAUGAAUAAGGACUGUCGUUUUAUAGCUUCCUACCAGUGCAGUGACAGUAGGUCUAAUUUAAUAUUCGUAUUUUCAUCAAACAUUCAAUUUUCUCUUUGUCACUGAUUCCAACUCAUACCGAAUCUCUUCCUUUUAAUCUAUGUUUUACGAAACCUGCUUCGCUUGUGUGAUCGGGUCAAUGUAUCCACGGUGGACAAGAUUUAGUAUUUUAAACUAACAGAUAAUGUACAAGAUGGACAGAAUGAGCAAAAGCAUAAGUAGCGUUUUAAUAGUUAUGACUUUUUCUCAGCAAUAGAAAACCUAUAAAU